CUUUUAUUCACUCUCUAACAGCGGUCAAUAGCGGUAUGUUGGGAUUUUAAGUGGAGAGUAUCUUUUUUCAUGUCGCAUAGAGGAAAAUAAUAGAUUUAUUAAAAGAAGAGACAUAAGAAUAUAAUGGAAGAAGAGCUCAAGUGCCCAAUUUGCAAGAAAUUCUAUACUAAUCCAGUUCUUCUUAACUGUGGCCAUUCUAUUUGCCUCGCUUGUGCAGUAGGCUUACAAUCUCCAGCUAUACAAUCCGAUUUUGAGCAACAGGAUUUUGAUAAGCUCUCGUUGAAUAGUGAAACCGAUUCUGGAAUAAUUUGUAGUAGCCGACCGAAUAGCUACAUUGGUACGCCAAAUUCAGCUAGCCUAUUGGCUCUACAGUCAACAGUAGUACUGCAAUGCCCAGUUUGUAAGCGGCUGAUUUGGUUAGACGCCUCGCAAGGGGCUGCGGCACUGACAAGGAACCGAGCCUUAGCUAGAAUAGUAGAAAAACAAAGAAAAGACGAUAUGCAAUAUUGUCAAAUAUGUGGAGAGGAGGCAACGGACAUUUGCGAACAGUGUGAAGUGUUUUACUGCAAAACCUGUAAGCAAGCAUGCCAUCCCAACAGCGGCCCGUUAUCAAAUCAUAACUUUAUAGCUGCAAACGAAGGUUCAACUGUAUUAAAACUAAAGCAGGAUGGAAACUGCAAAGAACAUUCUCAAGUUUUAUCAACCUACUGUAUGGACUGUAAAAUUCUGGUAUGUUCGGUUUGCUGUCAGAGACAUAUUGAUCACGAAUCGGUACCGAUUGGCAAUGCGUCAAAGGCUCAAAAGAAUCGAUUAUCGCUAAGAUUACAACAACUAAGCGAAAAGGCAAAGACAGCCAGCGAAUUUUGUCAAAGGUUGAAGAGUGCAGAGAAUGAAAUCGAAACGAACGCCUACCAAUUACAAGCCAAUCUAGUUGAGCAGUUUGAUCGUUUGAUGAGGUCGAUAACCACUAAAAGGGAUAAACUAGUCGAACAGAUUGCCAAAGAGAGGGAAGUUAAAUUACAGCAAUUAAGGGAUCGAGCGACUGACUGCAAAAGGCAAUUACAAAAGACUAACGGUUUUAUACAAUUUUCCAUCGAAUUAUUAAAGGAGAGUGAUUCAGUUGCCUUUCUUCAAACGGCAUCUCCAAUGAUGUGCAGAGCUGCCGAGGCGGAAAGAUUCUUCCUUAAGAAGUUUGACAGGGAAACUGUAGCCACUGAAUUUGACAUUGCAGUUGAUCUUCAUCCAGUAACUGAAGUUGUAGAAAAUAUUAAAUUUACUCCCCUCCAACCGCCCAAAUCACCUAAAAUUGUAAGAAAUCGAUGUUCAGUUCAGGGUAAUAGCGUAACGGUUGCCUGGUUAGCACAAGCCGACAAUUUUGUACUAGAAUUGGAUGACGGAUCAGGAGAAAACUUCCAUAAAGUUUACUCAGGCAAAGAUAGAGUUUGUACGGUAGAUGGCCUCCUGUACGGAACAGUUUACAAAGCUAGAGUUGCCGCUUUCAACUCGGCUGGAGGUAGCCCUUAUAGCCCAUGUGUUAGCUUUCAAACGGAACAAAGUAGCUUUAACUUUAACCGUCAAAGUGUUCACGUAGACGAUGAAGAUUUAUUCAGAAUAUGAACAGUUUUAUUUCAUUAAAAAAUCCCCAAUAAUAUCCAUCUGUAUCUAUUGUACAUACAUAUACUGUAUUAAUAUAUCUUGAUACGAAAAAUAUAAUAAAUAUAGAACAUAUACGUCUAUUUACAAUACAG